AGCCAAUCGCUCAGGCCUCGAUGUUAUCGCAAGAAAUCUUUUACGAUUUUUCUGAUCAAGAGAAGGGAUCAGCGGAAGGCACAUGAAAAAAGAGUCGGCCGAGCAAGUGACAUCGUAAAUGAAGUCUGCACUGUGACUGUGGCUUUUACCGGCUUUCUUUCGUUCGAUAUCUCCUCAUCUCUCUGCACCACCGCUAGGGAUUGGAAAUACUUUGUAUCUGCGAAAAUGGGACACCUAGACCCUCGUGUUGAAAGCGUUGGCACCAUCGGUUCAGGCGCUGCAGGGCUGAUCACUGCGCACAUUUUAAUACAGGAUGGAUUCUCUGAUGUCCAGAUCAUUACUAGGGACCGCACUCCAUGCGGUGUUUGGAGUGAUGAAAGAGUCUAUCCAGGGUUGACACUCAACAAGUUCUCCAGCAUGCCAAUGCCGCCUCCCUCUUCCAAAAACGGUGACCAACUAGGCGGCGAAGACAUGCGACAAUAUAUCGAACGGAGGAGCACAGUCCGUAACGUAAAGGCCGCGGACUGCGAGAUCCUCAGAUUUUCUCGGAUUGUUUUAUGUACAGGAGGCUGCAGUGCACUGAAAACGCCUGCCUACUUGUCGCAGGAAGCUGCGAACAAACAUUUGGAUGAAAUACUUGCUGCUGUACCUUCGGGCGGAUCCGGUGAUUCUAGUCCAACAAUUGUUGUCGUCGGAGGUGGAAAAUCAGUGCAAGACGUUUCCUCUUCCCUGGCGAUUCUUUCUCCCCAUAUCGAACUACGGACGAAAUUGGAGCGUUUUCUCCACGGGACGUGGGUUGGUAGCAAGAUCGUCCAUGCCGCCUGGAAUUUCUUGCAGCAGGAUUCUUAUACUGCCUUCGAGGUGCCUGCUAAUUCUUCGUUGCGACGAGCGCAUUCCCCAUUCUGGAGUGUGCGAUUGAAUAGCGAAGGGAUUAGUCUUGUUGCACCGGCUCGCGUUACAGGAUUUGGUCUUGAUGCCUCACUUGCUAAUCCACCCUCUGCGCAUCCAGAAAAUGAGCAAUGGGCCUCUUCUAUCUACCGGGGCAUUGUCCCAGCCAAGAAUAUAUUGCGCGGGGGCUUCGCAAUAAACGGGGCUUCUUUCACUACGAACAACGGGUAUGCCUUUUUGGCGUGGGUUCUUUGGUUGUGUUCUCGUCAACCCAACUUCCCACCAGUUGAACCUUUAGGUGGCCGCAAUAUGGGUCUCAAGGGUAUGCGAAGCGGCGGAAACUGGCUGACAUGGGCAUUCAAGGUGAUUGAUGUGGAUGAGAUCAAGACACUUAAGGAAGAACGGGAUGCACAGAGGAACAAAGUAAAAGGUUGA